ACAAUCACAACAACUGCUCCUGAAACAUCUACAACAACAGAGACUUCCACAAUCACAACAACUACUUCCACAAUCACAACAACUGCUCCUGCUACAUCUACAACGACAGAGACUUCCACAAUCACAACAACUGCUCCUGAAACAUCUACAACGACAGACACUUCAACAAUCACAACAACUUCUCCUGAAACAUCUACAACAACAGAGACUUCCACAAUCACAACAACUGCUCCUGAAACAUCUACAACAACAGAGAUUUCCACAAUCACACCAACUGCUCCUGAAACAUCUACAACAACAGAGACUUCCACAAUCACAACAACUGCUCCUGAAACAUCUACAACAACAGACACUUCCACAAUCACAACAACUUCUCCUGAAACAUCUACAACAACAGAGACCUCCACAAUCACAACAACUGCUCCUGAAACAUCUACAACAACAGAGAUUUCCACAAUCACAACAACUGCU